GUCACAUUCACACCAAAUACUUACCUUAACAUUUCUUAUCUCCUUUUCCUAUAAGUGUUUCAAUAUGUUGGCUGUUUUUAUUUCAGUAGUAUUAGUAUACAUGACCGAUGGAGCGACCACUUGCUUCCAAUGUAACCACAUGCCUGUGCCGGGAGAUUGUGCAGUCGUAACACGAUGUGAAUAUCAUGAGAUAUGUUUUGUGGAGCAGGUGGUUACGCCCAAUGGAAAUAUUGUGUACAAUUCAGGCUGUCGAGAUAGCAGGAAAUGCCCAAACUAUAAUGCACCAGUUGGAAGGGAUGUUACCGAAUUGAAUGUUUCUACCAAUAUUUACCAUGGAGCGAGAAGUGGGCGUGGAACCACCGAUGUUGUCACGUGCACAGAAUGUUGCACUGAUCCAUAUUGUAACAAGGACGGCUGCGGAACGAAAGUUGUAGACAGAAGCCAACGAGGACCGUAUUGUUACCAAUGUAUGGGUAUUGACCAAAUGGAGGAAUGCCGCCACGUGACCAGAUGUAAUGUCCAUGAGGAGUGUAUUGUUAAACAGUAUCUAUACGACUUCAAGACGCUCUAUGAGAGCAAGUGCAUCAGACCAACGCAAUGCAAAUCCAUCGAGUUGACGUAUGCACAAAACAGCCAGCAUGAAUGUGUUCGAUGUUGUGACGCAGAUUUCUGCAACACCGACUGCCAAUACAUUUCCGGUUGAUGACGUCAUUAGAUGACGUCAUUACUGUACAUGCACUUUCACUUUCAUAAACAUGAAAUUGUUCAAUUUAAUUUUACUUUGAUGUUUUAGAUAAAGUAUUGCAUUACAUAA